AGCAAGUUGAAUACAUUGGUGCAGAAACUUCAUGACUUCUUGGCUCACUCAUCAGAAGAAUCUGAGGACGCAAACUCUCCUCCAGCAUUCUCUGAAAACAAAACCAUAGGUAAAAGUAGCGAACCUGAAAACAGUCCAACUCCAAUGGAGAACAACAGAGAAGAGGGCAAUAGUUCUUCAGAAAGAAACAAAUCCUUAGGAUCGUCACGUUCAAAAAGGAAACCUACAGUUGUAACAAAAUAUGUCGGAUCAGAUGAUGAACAAAUCUUAGAUGAAAAUGUAAAUGAAGAUAUUUCAAAUGAAAACUCAGAAAACGAUGUUGAUAUGAAAAGCUUGCCUAAAGGUACAGUGGUUGUACAGCCUGAGCCAGUGCUGAAUGAAGACAAAGAUGAUUUUAAAGGGCCUGAAUUUAGAAGCAGAAAUACCGUUAAAAUGAAACCUGAAGCUCCCAAAAAGCGUGGAGAGGAAGGACUUCAUGGAAUUGUAAGCUGUACAGCUUGUGGGCAACAGGUGAACCAUUUUCAAAAGGAUUCAAUCUAUAGACAUCCUACACUGAAAGUUCUUAUUUGUAAGACUUGCUACAAAUAUUACAUGAGCGAUGACAUCAGUCGUGAUUCAGAUGGAAUGGACGAACAGUGUAGAUGGUGUGCUGAAGGUGGAAAUUUAAUUUGCUGUGACUUUUGCCAUAACGCCUUCUGUAAAAAGUGCAUUUUGCGCAACCUGGGUCGAAAGGAGCUGUCAACCAUACUGGAUGAAAAUAGCCAGUGGCACUGCUAUAUUUGCCAUCCAGAACCUUUGUUGGACUUGGUCACUGCAUGUGACAGUGUCUUUGAAAAUUUAGAACAGUUAUUGCAACAAAACAAAAAAAAGAUCAGAGUUGAAAGUGAAAAAAGUAAAAUAUAUGACCAUACGCUCAAAUUUUCUCCAAAGAGAAAUAAUUCAAAUUGUAAUGGUGAAGAAAAAAAACUAGAUGAUUCAUAUUCUGGUUCACUAACAUACUCUUAUAAAGCACUUAUGGUGCCAAAAGACAUGCUUAAAAAAACAAAAAAGCUGGUCGAGACUACAGCAAAUAUGAAUGCUAGUUUUGUAAGCUUUUUGAAAAAGGCUGCAGAAAAUGUAGAUGUCAGCCCAACCGUGCAGCUUCGUCAGCUAAAAGCUUUUAAAUCUGUAUUGGGUGACAUCAAAAAAGCUCAUCUGGCACUAGAAGAAGGUCUGAACCUGGAAAUUCAAGCGUUGGAUGUUAAAAUCAAAGAGAAAAGUACCAAAGAGAAAAAAACUGAUCUUAAAUCUGAAAAAAAUGAGGCGAAAAAAGAUGAAGGAAAGGAACACACAGAGUUAAAAGAGGAGGACGUCGUAAAGGCAGAGAAAAAAGUUGUGUCAGAACAGCCUGACAGUGAGCCCAUGGAUCAAAGUGUUCCAACAACGGGACGAACAGAUAACAAGCGUACGACUGGUGAAGAUAAAAGGUCUGGCAGAAAUGACGAACCUCAGUAUGAACCUAAUAGUACAGAGGCUUUAGACAUGGAUAUAGUAUCCGUUCCCUCAUCAGUUCCUGAAGACAUUUUUGAGACUCUAGAAUCUGCUAUGGAAGUUCAGACUGCGGCAGGUGAGCAAGGCAAUGGAAAUACAGCAACAGAUCAGGAGACUCCAAAUUCAAACAUAAAAUUGAACGCUCCUUUGAAAGAUACCAAAGGUGGAACUAAGUUAAAAGCAUCAGCUAAAGGAACAAAGGAACUGAUUGUAAAAUUGACUCCUGUUUCCCUUUCUGAGUCUACAGUUAAAACUGAUGAUCAAGACAGCAAUCCAGAAAAGGCAAAUAAGGAUAUUCGUGUAAUACCUAGAGCCGAAAACUGUGAUUCUGUAAAACAAAAUCAUAAUGCUGUCAAUGAACGUUGCACAGAAAAAGAAACUGCCUCGCCUCCAGAGGAAUCUGACCUCAGGAGAUCCCCGCGUGUGAAGACCACACCUCUGAGGCGCCAAACAGACGUUAAUCCUUUAACAUCAAAUUCGGAAGAAGAUAGUAAUGACACGUGUAAUGAAAAACGUAGGAGGAAAUCAUCCAAACAACCGAGGGGGAAAAAAGAUAAAAGAAAUUCUUCUGACAGUACUAUUGACAGUCCUAGCCCUAAUAAACUUUCUGAAUCGAAAAAGCCAGAUGUAUUAGAUCACAGCUCAGAUUCUGAUGAGAUGCCAGCUGUUCUUAAAGAGGUAGCUAUGAUGAGUCACAGUUCUUCAGAUAUUGAUAGCAAUAGUGAAGCACCAGCAAAUGUUCAGAAGUCUUUUAAUGUUUUAAAGAAGCAGCCAGUAAAGGAUGAAAAUGGAAAACGAAAAAGAAAAAGUUCCAGUUCUGGUUCGGAUUUAGAUGCCAAAAGAGGCAAAUCAGCCAAAAGUGCUGCUUCUGCAAAAAAGAAACGACAAAAUUAUUCAGAUUCUUCAAAUUACGAUUCUGAGUUAGAAAAAGAAAUAAAAAAUUUGAGUAAAAUUGAGUCUGCAAAAAAGGCCAAGAAAAAAUACUCAAGAAAAGACGAUAGUUAUGAUUCCUCUGAAGAAGAACAGAGAAAAAAAGUAAUUAGUAAAAGAAAGAGGAAUUUAAAGAAACAAAGAGGUAAAUCUUCUGAAGAUGAUGAUGCUGAAAAGUCAUCUCUGGAGAAGGAGGAGGUUAAUCAUUCUUCUGACGAUAAAAAGAUUAGUAAGGGGUCAGCUGUUAAGGAAAGGAUAAACAGAGACUUAAAAGAAAAAAAUGUAAAGGGAAAGCAGGAUGAGUCUUCUGAUGUUGAGAAGUCUUUACUGGAGAAAGAGGAGAGUUGUCCUCCUAAAGGUGCAGCUAAGAAAAACAAGGAUUUGAAAAAGAAGAAGGCACAGGAAGAUUCUUCUUCAGAGAGUACUGAGAAAUCUGCAAAGAAAGAACACAGUGUUCAUUCUUCAAAAGACAAGCUGAGGAAUAAAAAAGCUGAAAGCAAAGAGAAGAAAUCUGAAAACUUGAAAAGUUACAAGAAAGAACAUGACGAUUCCUCUUCUGAUGUUGAGAAGUCAUCCCCAGAGAAAGGAAGUUGCAAUUCUUCUGAAAAUGAUAAAACUAAAAAUGAAACCAUAGUUAAAGAAAAGAAAAGGAGGAAUUUGAGAGAGAGAAUAUCUAAAAGAAUGCAUAUUGAUUUGUCCUCUGAUGCUGAGAAAUCUCCCCUGAAAGAGGAGAGUUCUUCUGAAGAUGCUGUGCAGAAUAAGAAACGAACUGAUGCUAAAGAAAAGAAAAGAAUAAGUCACAAAAAGAAAAUUUCCAAGAAAGAACAGAAUGAUUCGUUGUCCUCUUCUGAUGAGGAGUCUUAUGAAGACAAUAAAAAAAAGACUAAAAGAGGGGCAGCGAAAGAAAGUAAAAAGGGUAACUUAAAAGAGAAAAAGAAAGUGUCAAAAAAGCAGAAAGUUGUUGUCACUUCCUCUUCCUCAUCUGAUAAGGAAGAAAACGAUGAUCAGAAUUCAACAGGUGAUGGAAGCAGUGAUGAGCAGAAAAUUAUGCCAGUGACUGAAAACUUAGUGCUGUCUGCUGGUGCAGGAUUUUGUCAGUCGUCAGGAGAUGAAGGAGAGACUAAGUCAAGGGCUGUUCCAAUGGAGGAGGAGGAAGAUGAUGAUGAUGACGAUCCUGAGAAUAGAAUUGCCAAGAAAAUGCUUUUAGAAGAAAUCAAAGCCAAUCUUUCCUCUGAUGAGGAUGCGUCUUCAGAUGAAGAGUCAGAUGAAGGAAAAAAGAAAACUGGAAAGCAAAAUGAAAACCCAGGAGAUGAUGAAGAGAAUGAGAAGGAAGAUAACUCUGAAUCAGAUUCAGAUGAAGAAGAGUCAAAGAAGCCUAGAUACAGACACAGGCUGCUGAGGCACAAGCUAACUGUGAGUGACGGGGAGUCUGGCGAAGAGAAAAAGGGGAAACCCAAAGACACAAAAGAGGGGAAACGCAGAAAUAGAAGGAAAGUGAGCAGUGAUGAUUCAAAUGACUCAGAGUUUCAUGAAUCUGCAGUUAGUGAAGAAGUGAGUGAAUCUGAAGAUGACCAACGUCCGAGAACAAGAUCUGCCAAGAAAGCUGAGGCAGAAGAAAACCAGCGCAGUUACAAACAGAAAAAGAAACGAAGGCGUAUAAAGGUUCAAGAGGAUUCUUCAAGUGAAAAUAACAACAAGAGUAAUUCUGAGGAUGAGGACAACGAUGAUUCAAAAUCUCCUGGAAAAGGCAGGAAGAAAAUAAGGAAGAUUAUUAAAGAUGAUAAACUAAGAACAGAAACACAAAAUGCACUUAAAGAGGAAGAAGAAAGAAGAAAACGUAUUGCAGAAAGAGAACGAGAGAGAGAGAAAUUGAGAGAGGUGAUAGAGAUAGAAGAUGCUUCACCUCUGAAAUGUCCAAUUACAACUAAGCUGGUUUUAGAUGAAGAUGAAGAAACCAAAGAACCGUUAGUGCAGGUUCACAGGAACAUAGUUACCAAACUGAAACCACACCAAGUAGAUGGUGUUCAGUUCAUGUGGGACUGCUGUUGUGAAUCUGUAAAAAAAACAAAGACAUCUCCUGGUUCUGGAUGCAUUCUUGCUCACUGUAUGGGUCUGGGGAAAACAUUGCAGGUAGUAAGUUUUCUUCACACGGUCUUGCUCUGCGACAAGCUGGAUUUCCGGACAGCUCUGGUAGUGUGUCCACUGAACACUGCCCUGAACUGGUUGAACGAGUUUGAAAAAUGGCAAGAAGGUUUAGAAGAUGAUGAGAAGCUCGAGGUCUGUGAACUAGCAACUGUGAAACGCCCUCAAGAGAGAAGCUAUAUGCUCCAGCGUUGGCAAGAUGAAGGAGGUGUGAUGAUAAUAGGCUACGAGAUGUAUCGCAAUCUUGCACAAGGCAGAAACGUGAAGAGUAGAAAACUUAAAGAAAUAUUUAAUAAAGCUUUAGUUGAUCCAGGCCCCGACUUUGUUGUUUGUGACGAAGGGCACAUACUAAAAAAUGAAGCGUCUGCUGUUUCUAAGGCAAUGAAUUCAAUUCGAUCUAGGAGAAGAAUAAUUCUUACAGGAACACCACUACAAAAUAAUCUUAUAGAAUAUCAUUGCAUGGUUAACUUUAUUAAGGAGAAUUUGCUUGGCUCAAUUAAAGAAUUCCGAAAUCGAUUUAUAAAUCCAAUUCAGAAUGGUCAGUGUGCGGACUCCACUCUGGUAGAUGUCAGAGUAAUGAAGAAGCGUGCACAUAUUCUUUAUGAGAUGUUAGCUGGAUGUGUUCAGAGGAAAGAUUACACAGCAUUAACAAAGUUCCUCCCACCAAAAUAUGAGUACGUUCUAGAAGUGAGAAUGACACCUAUUCAGUGCAAGCUGUACCAGUACUACUUGGAUCAUUUGACAGGUGUAGGUAGUGGCAGUGAAGGUGGAAGAGGCAAAGCUGGAGCUAAGCUAUUCCAGGAUUUCCAGAUGUUGAGCAGAAUCUGGACUCACCCUUGGUGUUUGCAGCUGGACUAUAUUAGCAAAGAAAAUAAGGGCUAUUUUGAUGAAGACAGUCUGGAUGAGUUCAUAGCUUCAGAUUCCGAUGAAACUUCAAUGAGUUUAAGCUCUGAUGAUUAUGCAAAGAAAAAAAAAACCAAGGGGAAAAAAGGGAGGAAAGAGAGUAGCUCAAGUGCGAGUGGCAGUGAUAAUGAUGUUGAAGUCAUUAAAGUCUGGAAUUCAAGAUCUCGUGGAGGUGGAGAAGGAAACGCAGAGGAACUUGUAAACAACCCUCCAUCUGUUCCAAAAUCGGAUGAAGGUAAAGCUACAUCCUCUUCCAAUCCUGGCAGUCCAGCUCCAGAUUGGUACAAGGAUUUCGUUACGGAUGCAGAUGCUGAAGUGUUGGAGCAUUCUGGGAAAAUGGUGCUUCUCUUUGAAAUUCUUCGUAUGGCAGAGGAGCUUGGGGACAAAGUCCUAGUAUUUAGCCAGUCCCUAAUAUCACUGGAUUUGAUAGAAGAUUUUCUGGAGCUGGCCAACGGGGAGAAAACUGACAAAGAAAAGCCUCCUAUUUAUAAAGGUGAAGGAAAAUGGUUCAGAAACAUUGAUUACUAUCGCUUAGAUGGCUCAACUACAGCUCAGUCGAGAAAGAAAUGGGCCGAAGAAUUCAAUGAUGAAACUAAUGUGAGAGGACGCUUGUUUAUUAUUUCCACUAAAGCAGGUUCCCUUGGGAUUAAUCUCGUGGCUGCUAAUAGAGUAAUCAUCUUUGAUGCUUCUUGGAACCCAUCAUACGAUAUCCAGAGUAUUUUCAGGGUGUACCGCUUUGGGCAGAACAAACCCGUGUUUGUGUACAGGUUUUUGGCUCAGGGAACAAUGGAAGAUAAGAUCUAUGAUCGGCAGGUAACAAAGCAGUCAUUGUCUUUCCGAGUUGUUGACCAGCAGCAGGUUGAGCGUCAUUUUACUAUGAAUGAGCUUACAGAGCUGUACACUUUUGAGCCGGAUUUGCUGGAUGAUCCUAAUUCAGAAAAGAAAAAGAAGAGAGAUACACCUAUGUUGCCAAAAGAUACGAUUCUGGCAGAAUUGCUUCAAAUCCAUAAAGAAUAUAUAGUGGGAUAUCACGAGCACGACUCACUGCUGGACCAUAAGGAGGAGGAGGAGCUGACUGAAGAGGAAAGGAAGGCGGCAUGGGCAGAAUAUGAAGCAGAAAAGAAGGGCCUGACUAUGCGUUUCAACAUGCCGACUGGGACCACUAUGCUUCCCACAAAUUUCAACUCUCAGACGCCAUAUAUUCCUUUCAACUUGGGAGCUCUGUCAGCAAUGAGUAAUCAGCAGCUGGAGGAUCUCAUUAAUCAAGGAAGAGAGAAAGUUGUGGAAGCAACCAACAAUGUAACUGCAGCAAGAAUUCAGCCCCUCGAAGACAUAAUUUCAACUAUAUGGAAAGAAAAUGUAACACUUACAGAGAGCCAAGUGCAGGCCCUGGCCCUAAGCAGACAGGCAAGCCAAGAGCUUGACGUUAAGCGCCGAGAAGCCAUCUAUAACGAUGUCCUGACUAAACAACAGAUGUUGAUCAGUUGUGUUCAGAGGAUACUUAUGAACAGAAGACUACAGCAGCAGUACAAUCAGCAGCAACAGCAGCAAAUGUCUUACCAGCAAGCAGCAAUGAGUCAUCUCAUGAUGCCAAAGCCUCCCAAUUUAAUCAUGAAUCCUUCCAACUACCAACAGAUAGAUAUGAGAGGAAUGUAUCAGUCAGUUUCGGGUGGUAUGCAGCCACCACCCUUACAACGAGCACCACCCCCCAUGAGAGGCAAAAAUCCAGGGCCUUCCCAAGGGAAAUCAAUGUGAUUUUGCACUAAAAGCUUAAAGGAUUGUUAAAAUCAGAGAAAGAACUUUUAUUUUUUUAGGAAUCAAUGGCUUAACAGAACUCAACUGUAAAAAAAAAAAAAAAAAAAAAGGGAAAAAAAAAAGAAAAAAAAGAGAAAAAAAGAAUAAAUAGUUUGGUUGGUCCCCUUAAAUGCCAUGUUCCAUAUUAGCGUUUCAGCUUUGUUUAACUAGGGCAUAAUGUUUUCCCUGUUGUCAGUGAUGUUGCCUAGAAUCUUCUUACAUAUGUUGAGUACAGGAGAUAUCAAGUUGUUUUCAGUGAAAACAAGUCCUCCCGUAACAGUAGCAGCUCCACAGGUUUCCUGUCUAAACUCCUAUGCUUGUUUUUAGUAGCUAUGAAGCUAUCACCCGAUUUGAGAAGCUUAGGAAGGACUACAGAUCUGUAUGUUUCAGUAUACCAUAUGUGAAUUGUACACAGCUGAGUUCUUGAUUAGAGUUGAUUCCUCAAAUUAUGGAAUACUUUUCUGCUUACCCGUUUCUUGAAAUUAGUGGGAAUAUUAUAACAGAAAUAGUCUAGUUUCCUUUUGACUGAGGUCUGGACUCAUACUAUAUCAUCUAUGCUGAAUAAAACAUAGGAACUGAACAUUCUUUUUGAAGCAGAAUUGAGUGCAAUAUUCUUAAAUACUACUGCUCUGAAACUUCUGAGUCGUGCAGUUAUAUAGAAACUGUGUAUACAGCCUUAAAUCAUGACUUGGGGAAGAUGAUUGUUCUUCUCUAGUCUUCUGCCAUUUUUUAUUUUCAGUUUUAUGUGAUGGAAUAACAACUGGUAAUCUUAGAAUUGGAGAUGUUUUUCCUUCACGCGCUAUUUUACUCUAUGCGGAGUCCAAUACAAAGCACAUUUCUGUUAACUCCUUAAUGCUGGUGCUAGUGUCUUUUCCCAUUGCCGGCAAUGGGAGAUGGGCCAAGAAAUGUAAAUUCCUGGUAUUUUGGGGGUUACAGUAGUGAUGGUGGCUAGGGUCAAACCCUGUUUUAUAAACAACUUUAAAAUAGCAGAACCGUUGCUGAUUUAAAAUCGAUACCAAGAAAGUGCUGUGUAGCAACUUCCAGAGCUGCCAGAAUUGUGAAAUAACUUUUCAUCUCUUAGAUAAGAGUUUUGGUUAUCAUGCACUCCUCCCCGUUCCCUUUCGUUUGUGUGAGAACAUAAUAUAGUACGAAAAGAGCUUGAUUUUUUUUGGUUUCUUUAUGUAGACCAGAGAUAAAAUUAUGGUUUAUUAUAUAUCAGUAGCGCUCUCUUUACCCACGUUUUCUGUGCUUGUGAAGAUCUGAUCAAACACAAAUGGGGCUUUCCUUGGAGUAUAGUUUGGUUGAUUCUUCAAAAAAAAAAAAAAAAAAAGAGGUGUUUAGAAUCUGGGGGUAAAAUAAGCGACAGGAACAUUUGAUGCAAUGGUGUAUUGAGUAUAGAGAGCAGAUGGAGAGUUCUUGAGAAAUUAGUGGAUGGAGGGAUUUUGCUGGACUCUUCUGGCUUGCUGACACGAACAAAAAUUGUUUGGGUUUCUGGAACCUUUCUUGCAAGGAGUUUGAGUUCUUGCCCUGAACGGACAAGUGUUUUUUGCAUCUGAAUAUGCAGAUCUUAUGCGAUAUUUCGUUUUGUGAUUGAAACUUGAUUUGUGAUCUGAACAGAGUUUGUUUGAUCUGUUGCAAAACCAGCUCACAAAGUUGCUGUCUUGGAGUCUUUGUUACAAGAUACCACAGGAGACCCUCGGUAUGUUCUAGUGCUUUGCCAGCUCUGCAAUUAAAUUUGUUUAAUUUUGGGGGAGGGGAGCAAAAAGAGGUGUGUUCACACUAGAAGACAUGACAAUAAGAGACUUUGAGACAAACCUUUGAAGGCAAAUGUACUCUGAGCAACUCUCUCUGAUAUUCCUACGUGUCAUGAAUAAAAGAGAAAUAUCUUCUACCAAACCUGGGAAUGUUCAAUGGAGUUUUACAAUAACUCAAAGACUUAAAUGUGGAAGUUUUAGGCAACAUUUAAAGGCACAUUUUUUUCAUUCUGGACAAAACUAUGGAUAACAGAAGACUAAUGCAUAAGAAGAAGAAAUCGGAGAUAAGCAUUGAAAUAAAACUUGGACCACUUUGCAUACAUGUUUCUCACUUGACAUUUUAGCUGCAUAACGAUGUGCUUUGAGUAUAACAUCAAGCUUUAACAAAUAUUUAAAGACGGAACAUACAUCAGUAAGAUAAUAAAAGGCUCAUUUUUAUAUUUGUUUUAGAUGUUUUAACUAGUUGAAAUGGCUUAAGAUGACGAAUAAAAAUGUUGCUUGUAAUACAACUUUGCCUGCUAAAUUCUCCACAUUUUGUAACCUGUUUAUUCCUUUGGAUGUAAAGCGUUUUUGCUUAGUAUUGUGAUAUUGUAUAUGUUUUGUCCCAGUUGUAUAGUAAUGUUUCAGUCCAUCAACCAGCUUUGGCUGCUGAAAUCAUACAGCUGUGAAGACUUGCCUUUGUUUCUAUUAGAUGGCUUUUCAGUUCUGUAUUAAAUAUCCUAAGUACUAUAGAAAAGGUGUCACCUCUUCCUAUAAGGCUGUUUUGUAAUAUAUAUAAGGACUGGAAAUGUGUUUUUAAAGAGAAGAAGCAUUCAAGUAUGACGAUAUACUAUCUGUGUUUUCACCAUUCAAAGUGCUGUUUAGUAGUUGAAACUUAAACUAUUUAAUAUCUCAUUUAAUAAAGUGACCAAAAUACAUCAA